UGGAUAAAUGUUUUUUAUACUUCAUAACAUCAAAGAUAACUAAAAUCAUCUCCUGUAAGCAGACAAUGUCAGGACGUGAGCUCCUGAUGAUGACAUUUCAAACUUCCCCUGCUGAGGUGGAACUAACAUGUUAUUACACUGUGAAGAAGACAGAUGGAGGACAGCAUCAGUCUCCAGACAGUAACAUACAAUCAGUUAUGAUUAACAAAGUUAAAGAAUUAGAUUCAACAACAAGUCAGGGAGUCUCAACUUUCAGUGUGACUGCUGGUCAAACAUCUGACACAACAAUCAAGGAGACAGACAUUUAUUUUACUACUUCCCCAGCAACAGAUGGAACAACAGAUCAAACAUUUGACAGGACAUCAAUGAAAACAGACGGUUUCAUUUCUCAUUCCCCAGCAUCAGAUAAGCCUACAUUAAGCGGUACAACUAAUGAUAGAGACUUGCAUAAGUCCCUCCAUACAGAACAGAAAUUUCCUCCUAAAUGGUUGUCAGUUCCACCUGGUGUUGGAGUAGGUGUGGGAAUGUUACUCAUAGUGGGACUUCUCUGUUCCAGAAGGAGAAGUGAUAAAUAUGCACACAGAAGAUCGCAGCUCAUCUAUAAUGAUAACUUCAUAGGAAUGAAUAGCCGUCCCAGUAGAGAACUGUUACCUGUUAGUGAUGAAGAUGGCUACCAUAUGAUCACAUCCAUCCCUCCAGCUGAUUCUGCAACCGAGCCCAUUGAGGGGAACACACAGGACUCUCCAAAUGAGAACACUGAUGUCUACCACGUGUAUUCUACCAUCACCGAUGAACCAGCUGAAUCUACCGCAGAAAGUCCGAUGUACUGCUCUCUGCAAGCUCACUGAAAAGCUGUUUUUAUGAAGCAGAAAAGCUCAACUAUGCAUCAAUAAUAUCAGAUAUAUAACAAUUUAUAGAGGUUGUUUUUAAGAGAUGAAAUAUUUCAGUUCAGCUCCUAUCAACUUAAACUUUAAUUUUAAUGUCCCCUGAGGGAAAUUUAAUUUGCAGGAGGAUAAAAACAUAAAAGGAAAAAAAUAAUAACAUGGAAAUUAAAUCAAGUAACUUCACAAACACCACAUAAACAAGCAACAACAAAGACAACUGGAGGCAGGACCAUUAUUAAACAUCACAACUGUUCACUUUCAAAAUUCAAGUUUAUUUGUAGGAUUUCUUGGCUUAAAAAUUAGUAUUUCAUCCUGCUGGAUUGAGCUUUUGGCACUCAGAAUCUUCUGAUUGAGGCAAGGAGCCAAACGUCAGGGUGGAGAGGAUGAUCAGAAGUCUGUAUGAUGGCUGAGCCUUAGAGUUUACCCUCCCAUGAAAGUUUUACUACUUUUACAACCUUUGUAAUAUUGUGUAAUUGGUAGAUAGAAAACAAUUACUGUACACUACUGUACCAAGUGAUGAGGGCAAAGGUCAGGGAAGAUUUAACCUUUGGGGAGAUAGAAAAGUUUGCAAAUCCUGAAUUUGUUCAGCACCCAGAGAAUGUUCAGUCGCUGCAGAACUUUUUUGCACACAGCAAAUGUAUUUUCAGUAAAACACAAGUUACUGUCUAAGACGACACCAACGUAAAUAAAAUAACUGACACACUCCACCCACUCUUCAAUAAUUAAAGUUAAAGGUAGUGGGUUUGUUUCUUUCUGAAAUAAAUACACAUAUCCUUGUUUCUUGUCUAGUUUAAUUUUAAAAAAGAUUUGUCACACCAAUGAAUAGAAUGAUCUACCACUCAGCCCCAGGGCUGAAUCCACUCCCUGUAGUAAGCUCAGUAUGACUGAGUCAUCAGCAAAGUUCAUAAUAUAUCUUUCUGAAUGCAAGAUUCUACAGUGAUCAGUGUACAGGAUGUAUAAUAUUUGUGAAAGGACAAAACCCUGUGGGAAACCAUUGGAGGAGAGGGAUAGAGAACUCUUGAUAGAACAUCAGAUAGAGAACUAUUGACUCUGAGAUGGUGUGAUCUGUUUAAAAAAAUAAUAAAAUAACAAGAUUCAGACAACAAUAUUAGGACAUUACUUAAAAUGUACAAAUAAUUUACAUGCUGAAUUAUGGGUAUGGAUUGUAUUAAAGACCAAAAUGAAUAUCCAUAAACAGUAAAUGUGUGUGGAAGGUGGAAUGUUGUGCCUUUAAGGUGUAUAAAGUUAAAAAUCAGACAUCAUUCCCCACUUUGGGCGCUACACCUGUAACUGUCUGUAUUUUUCUUCUUCUAAACAUCGUAAAUUAAAACAAAGAUUUAUGACUGUAUACAAGGAGCGUUAA